AUGGCCUCUUCUUCCCCGGCCAAACGCAUAACUUUCACUGAAGUAGACGAGGUCAAUCAUCCCACUGCAACGUAUAUCUACUCCGAACCCUCAGCACCUCUCCAAAGUCCCCCUCACGAAGAUGCGGUCGUGAAAGGACGCCAUCCUUCUUCUACCAUUCCAUCAUCAUCAUGGUCUCUGAAUUCGCUUCGAGGUCUUCUCAUCGAUGUGUUUCUCCCUGUUGGAUAUCCUCACAGUGUCAGCGACGAUUAUACCUCAUACCAGAUUUUUGUUCAACGUCUUGACAAAGCUGACUGCCCUGUAAACGCAGGAGUUGGAGUGGGCAAUGCUGAUGCGUCCCCAACCUCCGCCCUUCUCCUCCACAUCCUCCAGGAUUCGUCAGGCCGAGUCGCCACAAUUCUUUUUGCACAUCGAGUUGGCACAGCUCUUGAGCCGGAGUGCAAAAAGUACCGGCUAGCGGCCGAUGUGUUCAACGACGUGGCGAUUGUGCUGGAUUGUCUCUCCCCGAUGAUCCCUGCAGGAGUUGGCCGAGUCACUGUUCUCAGCACAGCGGGCGUUCUUCGGGCUCUGUGUGGAGUGGCAGGAGGAAGCUCCAAAGCAAGUUUGAGCGCACAUUUUUCCAAAUGGGGAAAUCUCGCUGAAGUCAACGCGAAAGACUCCUCGCAAGAAACCAUAAUCUCACUGAUUGGGAUGCUUGCUGGAUCUUUCGUGGUGUCCCGCGUGACAAGCUACACUGCGACAUGGAUUUCCUUGGUUUUGCUUCUUACGCUUCAUCUGAGCCUUAACUACGCCGCGGUGCGCUCAGUGCAAAUGACCAGUCUCAACAGACAACGGACGAAUAUCGUAUUUUCAACUCUGUUUGAGUCAGACCCUGAUGUCGACUUCAAGGGCUUCAGUGAUAGCCGCCAGGUGAAACAAAGACAAAGGGGCAUGGGCUUUGAUCAAACCAGCUGGCUCGUCCUAUCUCCUGCUGAGGUGACUAUGCAAGAACGAAUCUUCGAGACGGAUGGAAUUCUCAGAUGGAGCUCGACUAGACCUCGAUCGGAGGCAUCAAGGAUAGGAUUCUGCCGCAUUGGACUAUCGGUCCAACAAUUCCUCGCCUCUUCAUCCUCAUACACAUCCUCUGGGUCUUUGAAAACCCAUCUCCCGGUAUCUCAACUUUCCACCCUCUUCGAGGAAGAAUCUUAUAUACUCUGGCUCCACCACACCAACCAAACAUGCUAUGCAUCUAUCCUCUUGAAGAAUACGAGCACCGUCCAGGCACAGCUCAAGGCCUGGGCACAUGCUCUACUUGCCGUGCGAGUAGUGUCUACUUCCCUUAAAGAGGACUCCACGAUUCACAUCGACAGGGUUCUUGAUAUUCUGUCGACAACAUUGAACUUUCUCAACGAUAAUGAACGGUUCGAUCAGUAUCUUCAGGCCUUGACGUAUGCGGGAUGGGAUGUGAGCAUUGAUGCCUUGGAGACAAAGUCGGGACGGAGGGUCAUCAGCGAGGAUUAA